UCCACCGAGCUGUGGCCACGCAGCAGUGUGUUGUAGCAGUCUGAGGAGGCUGGCCGUGGUGACUGAUACCCCAGCUCCUCAGGAGGCUGAGGCAGGAGGAGCACAAGUUUGAACCCAGCCUGGACAGCUUAGAAGACCUUCAAAACGAAAAGGGCUGAGGGUGCAGCUCAGUGCCCGGGAUGCAUCCUCAGCGCCGCGAAGCAGGCAGACAAGACAACUUGAUGAAGCUGUGAAGGGGCUGGGGCCGGGCCGGCUGGCGUGGGUGGGGUUGAAGUGCGCGGCACCUGUGCACGCACGCACGGAGGCGGCUGCGGGCGGCCCCCAGGCCGUGACGCAGGUCUCUCGGUCUGGUCUUGCAGCCUCUGACUCACUGGGUUUUCCUCUUCCUCCCCCGUCACAACCGUGGCGUCAUCUCUGUGAUUUCCCCGCCCUCUGUGUCCCGAGUACUCUGGGGCUUUUGGGGCUGAGCUGUCCCCACUCUCACUUCUCCCUCGGUGCCUCUGGUUCCGAUCAGUCCGGUGGGCUUGGUCGCUGAGGCAGCCUCUCCGGUCUCCAGGUUCCGGCCAAUGAAGGAGGGAGAGUGAGUGCCGGGGAGUUAACGCCCCUCAGCGAGGCGCCCUCGCCAGGACCGAGUACCAUGAAGCGGGGCUGCGCAGAUGGAGCUGGUGCUCGCCCGGGCCACUGCUGAGGGCCGGCAGCCCCUGCCCGCCACCCUCGCCAUGGCGCUGCCCGCCGAGCUCAUCCACCGGGUGGAGGAGGCGCUGGACGAGGAGGAGAAGGAGAUGCUGGCCUUCCUGUGCCGCGACCUCGCGGUGGACCUGCCGCCCAGCAACACCUGCGAUCUGCUGGCGGCGCUGAGUGAGAAAGGCCGGCUGUCCCGUCUGGGCCUGGCCGAGCUGCUCUACAGGGUGCAGCGCUUCGACCUGCUCAAGCGGGUGCUGAGGAUGGACCGGGCGGCCCUGGAGACCCACCUGCACAGGCACCCUGGCCUCGUGUCCAGCUACAGGGUGCUGAUGAUGGAGAUUGGCGAGGAGCUGCACAAGUCUGACCUGUCUGCGCUGACUUUCCUCAUGAGGGACCACACGGGCCGCGGCCAGACGGCCAAGCACAAGAGUUUCUUGGAACUUGUGAUUGAACUGGAGAAAUUGGAUCUGGUUGCUCCAGAUCAGUUGGACUUAUUAGAGAAAUGCCUAAAGAACAUCCACAGACUGGACCUGAAGAAAAAAAUCGAGAAGUACAAACAGUCUGCUCAAGGAGAACGAACAAGUUACAUGAACUCUCUCCAAGCCUCUUUCCCGAACUUGAGCCUCACAGAUCUGUCACAUAAUUUAAGGCUGCAGAAUGGAAGAAACAAAGCAGCAGGACUUGAGACACAUCAUCAAAAGCCCACGAAGAUGUCUGUUCAGGAGUCUGGAGCCUUCUUGCCUCAGUACCCGCCGCCUGUGGAGAGAUACCGGAUGCGGAGCAGGCCUCUGGGCAUCUGCCUGAUCAUCGAUUGCAUCGGCAACGCCUCAGAAGUCCUUCAAGACACCUUCUCCUCCUUGGGCUUCAAGGUCCAGUGCUUCUUGGGCCUUCCUGUGGACGACAUGGUCCGGGUGCUGCGCCAGGUGGCCUCCUCAUCCCAGCACCGGGGCCACGACAGCUUCGUGUGUGUCCUAAGCUAUGUGGUGUCGGAGGCCCAGCCAGGUGCCAGCAGCUUCCUGGAGGUGGACGGGCCAGCGCUGACCAGUGUGGAGUCCAUGGAGCCGUGGCCACUGCCCCACACACUGCACCAGGAGGCCGACGUCCUGUGGAGCCAGUGCAUGGCCCAGGCGUGCCUGCUGGAGCAGCCUGGUGCCUCGCCCUCCCUGUACCUGCAGGGCCUCUGCCAGCAGCUGCUGCAGGACAGAACAUGCCCGCUGCUUGACCUGCACGUCGAGCUCAACCGCAGAGUGUAUGAGUGGAACAGCCUGGCUCCUGCCCAGCAGAGGUACCGCCUCUGCCUGCAGCACACACUGAGGAAGACGCUCGUCCUGGCCUCCACCUGAUGCCCAGGCCUCUCCUGGCCAUGCAGCUCCCUCUCCAGAGAGCAGCGGUCGCAGAGAGCACCCAUGAGCAGGGUGCGCAGUGCAGAGCUCACGAGGGGCUCACAGGGAUGGAGCUGGACUGGAAUCUGGCCUCGCACCGUUUCCUCUCUGAGGAAGCUAUGGCCUCUGUGGCUGAAACACCCAGAGGGGAGAGAGAACACAGAGGAGAGGGGAGAGGAGAGGAGAGGAGGGGAGAGGAGAAGAUAGGGGAUAGAGAGGAGA